AAUAAAGGAGGAGUCCCCCACCGUGUCGCCGCCGACUCGCGCACGCAAGCUCUCUCUACCCACCUCCCCCAAUUUCCCCUCCGCCUCCUCGCCUCGCCGGAACCCUAGCCCUCCGCUCGAGCUCCCGAUCGCCCGAUCCGGCGGCCGUAUGGACUCCGACGUCGAGAUGUCCGCCGCGAGCGACGAGGAAAUGGUGGACGACGAGGACUACUACGACUACUACAGCGACAUGGGCGAGGGCGACGGGAGCGCCGCCGACGGCGACGAUAGCGACAGGGAGCUGGUGGCCGGCGACUACGAGGGCCUCGAGGCCGAGGGGAGCGAGGAGGUGGUGUCCAGACGCGAGCAGAGGUUCAUUGUUUUAAGUGAAAAAGAUAUAUCUGAACGUCAAGAGGAAGAUAUAAGCAAGGUAACUGCAGUGUUAUCGAUUACAAGGGAAGAGGCAUGUGUUCUCCUUCAUCAUUAUAAAUGGGACAUCAGUAAGUUGAAUGAUGAAUGGUUUACAGAUGAAGAAAAAGUUCGCCAUAUUGUUGGCUUACUUUUGAAUGGAAGUGAUUUUCCUAACUCCAGGAAGCUAACUUGUGGAAUAUGUUUUGAAGGGUAUUCUUCUGAUGUGAUGAGUUCCGCUGGUUGUGCUCAUUUUUAUUGCAAUGAAUGUUGGGAAGGCUAUAUUAGUGCUGCGGUAAGUGGUGGUCCAGGAUGUUUGUCGUUGCGAUGCCCUGAUCCAUCAUGUGGUGCUAUGGUUCUUCAAGGGAUGAUUAAUAAAUUAGGUAAAGACGAGGAUAAAGAAAAAUAUGCACGAUUUGUCUUACGUGCAUAUGUUGAAGAUACCAAGAAGACUAAAUGGUGUCCAGCUCCUGACUGUACAUGUGCAGUGGAGUUUCUUGGUGACGAGAACUAUGAUGUCUCAUGCAGUUGCAAGUUCAGCUUUUGCUGGAAUUGCACAGAGGAAGCUCAUCGACCAGUGAACUGUGAGACUGUUUCUAAGUGGAUAUUAAAGAACAGUGCAGAAUCUGAAAACAUGAACUGGAUACUUGCUAAUUCUAAGCCCUGCCCGAAAUGCAAACGGCCAAUAGAGAAAAACCAGGGAUGCAUGCAUAUGACGUGCACUCCUCCUUGCAAAUUUGAGUUCUGCUGGUUAUGUCUGAGUCCAUGGUCAGAACAUGGAGAGAGGACCGGUGGCUUCUAUGCUUGCAAUCGUUAUGAAUCAGCAAAGAAGGAGGGAGUGUAUGAUGAGACUGAAGCAAGGAGGGAAAGGGCUAAAAAUUCACUUGAGAGAUAUAUGCACUAUUAUGAGCGCUGGGCAUCCAAUCAGACAUCGAGGCAGAAGGCGCAAGCGGAUCUGCAAAAAGCCGAAAAGGAACAACUUGCAAAAUUAACUGAUGUUUUUGGAAUACCAGAGACCCAGCUGAAGUUCAUAACUGAAGCUUGGUCACAGAUUAUAGAAUGCAGGCGAGUGCUGAAAUGGACAUAUUCUUAUGGCUAUUAUCUAGAAGAUAAGGUCAAGAGUGAAUUUUUUGAGUAUCUUCAAGGUUGUUAUCUUUUUGCAUUUCUAAUGGUUUAUUAUGUGGCUGAGGAAAAUCUUGGAACAUCAGUAAAUCCUAAAUCUUUUACAGGUGAAGCUGAGUCUGGUUUGGAGCGUCUUCAUCAAUGUGCUGAGAAAGACUUGCAAGCAUUUUUGCCUUCUCUGAAACCUGAUAGCAAUGAAUCUACUACGCCUCCUUCAUUGGCUGAAUUUGGUGAUUUCCGGGUGAAGCUUGCUGGGCUCACAAGUGUAACUCGGAAUUACUUUGAGAACCUUGUUCAAGCUUUGGAAGCUGGGUUGGAAGAUGUCCGCUGUACUGGCCAAGCUGCUACAUCGAGCAAUGCCACCAGCUCCAAGAAAGCAGGAACUAAAGGCAAAUCAUCCAAGAGGCAGCACGUUAGGCCAUCUUCAGAUCACUCUGAAGAUGGCUGGCCUUGCGAGCGCUGCACAUUUCUGAACCCUCCUUCGGUGGAUGUGUGCAAGGUCUGCGAAAAAAAUAGGUACUAGAAAGAGUACAGCUCAGAGGGAGCACCCGAAGAAGCUUAAAGCUCAUGAGAAGAGGGGGGUGCUUAAACUUUUGAACCUGCAUUGGAUGCCGAUAAGCCGAGCUUCCAACAGCUGCAUUGGUGUUUAGAGAGCUAUUGAAGGGCUUCGGUUGCAAACGGAGUGGAGGCUGAAAGGAGGAUAUAUGUGUGGGGGUCCUUCGGUUUGCUAGCCUGUCUGUUGUUCCAUGUAAAUAUUAGUUAUGAAGUGGUAAUAGCUGCGUUAAUGUGGUGGUGGGUUUCCUCUUCUGACCGACCUGUGAAACUGUGAGGUAGAUCUAAAUUAUUCCCCCAAAAUGUUACAGGGCUGUUGUAUUAUCUUUUGCUUUUUAAUGACCUAAGUAUGGUUAUUUAGAACGCUGAUGUAAAUUGCCACGACGAACAUCGAUCUUCGUGUGUUCUCUAAAUUAUGUGCAAAGAAUUGUCAUCUCGACGGCA